AUGGACAGUCAGGACCAGCAUCGCGUGCAGGAUAACACCAUCCCCCUUCUUUUCCCUGCCCUGAGAAGAGCAGGGAGGGAAGAGACUUUAAAAGCCAAACUAUUCCUGGAGAAAUACGGCUACUUUGGGAAGCAGGGGCCUGGCACACACAGCCCUGACGAGUUCACGGAUGCACUGAGGGACUUCCAGCGGGUGACCCACCUCCCGCUCAGCGGGGUCCUGGAUGCCCCCACACUCCAUCAGAUGUCUUUGCCACGGUGUGGCACCGGUGAUGGGGAGAGCCACACUGCAGGGACACGGCGGGCAGCCACCACCCGGCGCCACAGGCGCAGCACACAGCAUGGCGGGAGGUGGUACAAGCGGCACCUGACGUACCGGGUGGUGAACUGGCCCCCGUACCUGCCGCAACACGAGGUGCGCCGCGCCGUCAGAGCCGCCUUCGAGCUCUGGAGCAACGUGUCCUCACUGGUGUUCUGGGAGGUGCGGGAUGGCCCGGCUGACAUCCGCCUCACUUUCUUCCAUGGGGACCACAACGAUGGGCUCAACAACGCCUUCGAUGGACCAGGAGGUGCCCUGGCUCACGCUUUCUUCCCCCGGCGCGGUGAAGCCCACUUCGACAGCGCCGAGCGCUGGUCCCUGCACAGCGGCAAAGGGCGCAACCUCUUCAUCGUGGUGGCACAUGAGGUUGGGCACACGCUGGGGCUGGAGCACUCCCCCGUCAAGAGCGCCCUGAUGUCUCCCUACUACAAGAAGCUCAGCAAGGAUUUUGUCCUCAGCUGGGAUGACAUCUUGGCUGUGCAGAACUUGUACGGGAAGCCCUCCAAGGGCUUGGCCAUCCAGCUCCCAGGGAAGGUCUUCACUCACUUCCAGGACUGGAGCGCAGAUCCUUACGAUGGGGACCGGCAGCAGAGGAGCCUCAGCGCCUAUUACUGCCAUUCCUUCUUCGAUGCCAUAACUGCUGACGCGGAGCACAACAUCUACAUCUUCAAGGGCAACCACUACUGGAUGGUGCCAGUGAAUGGCAACACCAGCGACCCACAGCCCCUGCAGACGCGCUGGCCUGGCCUCCCUGCUGGUAUCGAUGCCUCUGCCUGGUCCCAGCGCAGCGGCAAGUUCUACUUCUUCAAAGGUAG